AUGACAUCGUUCCUUUUCUGCUGCAUUACACCAUUUGUGGGACUCGCCCUGCAAGCCGCACAACCAUCUCUUUCAACAGAGGAAGUGGAAGACAGACUCCCACGUCUGCGCACUGUGUUAGCUCCAGUGCGUACCUACGGCUGCCCUCGCCAGGAUAAUGAUUCUGACUGCGGGGUGUUUGUCUACAUCUACGUGAAGGAGCUUGUCGCCCACGACUUCAGCAAUCUCGAAGAGGGCUUGCAAGCGCCUCUCACCUACGGUGCCUGGCAGCUCCGGCGGAACCUGCGCGCAGACGUGGUCCUCAUGGGUAACAAUCUUCUAAUUCGGGCCCUGAUCGCGGAGCGGUGUGUCAUUCCGGAUCAAAAUCCGCCUCUCAGAAACAAGUCAAACACAACAUUACCGCCAGAGUUUGUCGAGCUGGACAAGAUGCUUCGUGAUGCAGUGGCGGAUAUCGACAACACGCAAUGCCAACUGAGGUGCGCUGAAGAGGAGAUGGAGCGCGUGGAGGGCAAGGUGGAUGCCUGGGAACUGAUGGCGGUGUGGGCAGAGAUUGGGCGACUACGCGCGCUCGUCAGUCCGGCGGGGAGAACCCCAACCUCCGCCUCUCCUGCAGGCGGCGCCUGUUUCGUAGCCACUAGUCAGCGGGCUACCCCCGACCAGGGCGGAGAUGCAGAGGCACUGCGCAUUGCGUCGGCCGUUGUGAGGAACCUGCUAGUGAACACCCAACCAGUCGAGCAAUCACGGAAUGGUGUUGCACAACCCGGGCAGGCAUUGCGGCCCAACCUGUUUGUCCUCGCGGGCGCCGUGUCCGAGGUUCAUUCCGCAGCGAUGGCAGGGCAUGGAAGGUCGCAUGAGACACAGGGCGAAAGUCAGGGACUUGAAGGGUCACGGGCUGGGUUUGCCGGCGUUCAUUUGCAGCGCGAUGGGCUAUGGGUGGCUCGUCUGGUAACCGAUCCUAAAGCUCCUACCACCAUUGGGCUCGGGUCUUUCGAUGACCAGAUCGUCGCCGCAAAGGCUUUUGCGGCAGCAGCACAUGUGGUCCGUCGUGACAAACCAGUCCGCGGUAGGGUGCUCCCACUUUCGCUUGAAGAGCAAGAGCUCCUGAUAGGCUUCACUACACAGCACGUCAUUGCCCUCUCCCGGGUCCGGGCAUGGGGCAGCUGGAUGCGAUGGUGCCAAAAGACUGAGGAGAGGGGAAUCGUUAUUGCCCCCCCUGCAGCAGCUGAGAGUGCACCUGCAAUGGCUCCAACGGCCGCGGAUGUGAUCGCCGCCGCAGAAGUUGACUUGCCUGGACGGGACCACAUGGUCUCCGCUUAG